AUGCCUUUGUCGAAAGCAGAGCAGCCCGACAUAGAUUGGACAGCCCUUUCAGAAGAAGAUGCUGAACUGUUCGAGUCCUUGCAGUCGGCAGUGUCAGCUCUGGGAGACAAGGCAGAUCAUCCGAUGAUUGAGGUUCGCGACAAACUGGCCACUGCCUUUCGAGACAAAGCUGCCUUGCUCAAGCGAAACUGGACAGAUGAAAUGUUCCAAGAAGGUCAGCAUCUCAACGAAGAAAAAGUUGCCGAGAUAGAGGCUGCGAUGGCAACGGAUCUGGGCAGUUUCGGCGGCGGAUUGCAGAAUGGUCAGAAUCUGGGAAAUGCAUUGGAUCUUGUAGGUGCGUACAUGAAGAACUACAAGCUUGAUAAAGCGGAUGCAGUGUUGGCAAAAUGUGGUCCCUAUGUGUCGCACCGCGGCGGUGUCUGGAUGGUCAAGUGGCUCAACCACGUUUCAACGGUGCGCAUGAAGCAAAGCCGGCAUUUGGAAGCCCUGGAAAUGCUUUAUGACCUGGAAAUGUACAGUCCAUACAAUGCAGAGGAGGCUCCGGAGUUCUUUACAACGCUGUACCGGAACCAGGCUUGGGCAUUGAAAGCCCUGGGAAGGGUUGAAGAGGCGGCGAUGUACUUCAACAGGAUGGCUUCGGCGUCUAAGCACUCCAAGGGGGACCUGGACUGGUUUGACAAAUGGGAUCUUGGGAAAGUCGCUGCAGCGCGAGCUUGGCGAGAUGGUGAUAUGAAGGCCUUCUACCUGGCUCGAUCGCUGGUAGAGGAGGCCCUGCAGCUUCAAAUUUCACAAGAGCCAGAUGAUUUGGUGAUGAGAGCCAAGGUCCACGACUCCUUGGCGGAGUGUUUCCUUAUCGUAAAGGAACAUGCAAAAGCCGACGAGCACUACUCAGCGGCCUACAAGCUGCUGCUUGACACAGUAGGCAAUCAAUCACCCCUAUAUGGCAAGCAAGCUCGGCAUUUGGCCAAUCUGCGUGUAGAGGAGGGACGCUACGCAGAGGCCUUGCCAUUGCUCAGUGAAGCCUUGGAGGUGGAGUCAAGCAAGGAUGCGGUGAAUGUGACCGAGCUGCUGGAGCUGGUCGUGGUGGAUGGGGUGUCGGAGUCAGAGGUGUGUGGCCGCAGCCGUUUCUCAGUGCGAUGCCCAGCGGCAGCGGCGUGGCAGUCUGCGGAGGCCGAAGCCGAAAUGCGGCUUGCAAGGGACAGCAGCCGAGACCGGCGGUGCAUUGCAGUUGUUUGGGGCGCGGUCAAUGGCUCCCUGAUGCCGGAGUCUGUCACUGCCACAGAUCUUGCGACCACUCAGUCGCAGCCUCCUAAUGCAGUCCGAAAUCAGGGCUGGAUGCACCAUGCAAUAUGCAUGGUGCACGGAAAGCCUGGUGACGGACAGAUGGCUGGUGACGAACGCGAGAAGGCAUGGCACGGACCCGCGGGCACGAGGAGAUGUCCUGGCCUGACACCCCCCGUGAUCUUAUGCGCCAAGGGCAACACUGGGGUCGUGCAAAAUCAGGACAACUUCUCACUUUGUUUCCUGGCUGACGGCUGGACUUUGGCAUGCUGUUCAGAUGGUCAUGGCUUCCAUGGGCAGCUGGUUGCCACACGUGUAGUGACAACUGUCCCGCACUUCAUCGCCCAUAAGUUCGCCGACGGUCUAGAGGAGCAUGGUGUGCCUGCGGCGCUAACAGCGGCUUUCGACUCUGCUCAAAAGGACUUGGAGGCGCACUCGGCCAGAUUUGGCUGGGACUGUGAGGCCAGCGGCGCUUCGCUCAUCGCGGCUUUGUACAAGGGCAGCAAGGUCUACACUGCCCAUUGCGGCGAUGCCAGGUGUGUGGUUGGAAUGGAGCAAUCUGGUUCCCUCGUUUUCGCUACAGAGGAUCACAAGCCAAACCUCCCCAUGGAACAGGCUCGGAUAAAUGCAGCCGGUGCAGAGGUGCGCUCCGAGAUUUUCGCAGAUGGUUGGAUGGUACAUCGCAUAUUCGCUCGUGGUCAGGAUUUUCCUGGCUUGUGCAAGUCGCGCUCCUUGGGCGACACGCUGGCUAAGGAUUGCGGAGUCCUUGCAGAGCCUGACAUUUCUGUCACGGAGGUGAAAGUCGGCAAAAGACCGUUCAUGAUCCUGGCGAGUGAUGGCAUCUGGGAGUUUCUGGAGUCGGAAUUUGUUGUCAAGGCAGUCUCCAAGAUCUUACCGUUGGAGGGGCCCACGAGGGCACUGCACAAGCUGCACCGUGAAGCAAGGAAAAGAUGGCGACAGGAAGGCCACACCUACGACGCGUUUCUGGCCCGUGUUGACGCUGAGAGAAGUCAGCUUUCGAAACCUGAGAUGGGCUUCGAGGUAGGACCCUGCCAAAGAAGCAGGCGAACUGCAGAGCAAAGUUGUCAUUUGCUGGGGGGGGGGGGCAGCCUAUUUUGCUUAGCCAUCUGCACGUGUUUAUUGUGA